AUGCUGUUCCUAACCCGAAGAGCCGCUGUCAGCGGGGCUGCUUGGGCGACCAGCGGACUGUCGGGGCUCCGAUCAAGAUCGACGAGGAGUCUACUAUCCACUCUCGCUCUCUUGGAACAGAGGGAAGGUCAAUUGAACCACGGCUCUUUGAGCGCCAUCACCGCGGCGAAGAAACUCGGCGGACCAAUUCACGGUUUCGUGGCGGGAAGCAACAUCAAGGGAGUUGCAGAGGAGGCGGCUAAGGUCGAAGGCGUAGAGAAGAUCAUUGCUGUUGACAACAGCGCAUACGACAAGGGCCUUCCCGAGAACUAUGCGCCGUUGUUGGUCGAGAACAUCAAGAAGGGCGGCUACACCCAUGUUAUCGCUGGACACACUGCCUUCGGAAAGAACCUCUUGCCCCGUGUUGCUGCGCUUCUGGACUCUCAGCAAAUCUCUGAUAUUACUUUUAUCGAGAGCGAAAACACCUUUGUUCGUCCCAUUUAUGCCGGCAACGCCAUUGCCACGGUCGAGUCAUCUGAUCCCGUCAAGAUAAUCACAAUUCGGGGUACAGCUUUCCCUGCUGCAGAGAUAGCCGGUGGUUCAGCAGGCGUUGAGGCGGGCAUUGACCCCAAGUCCGAGUCUACCACCGAGUGGGUCUCCGAGGAUCUUGCCAAGUCCGACCGGCCAGACCUCGCAACUGCCAGCAGAGUCGUCUCUGGUGGCAGAGGCCUCAAGUCCAAGGAAGAGUUCGACAAAGUGAUGCUGCCACUGGCCGACUCCUUGGGGGCUGCGGUCGGUGCGUCCAGAGCUGCGGUGGAUAGUGGCUAUGCGGACAACAGUCUUCAGGUAGGCCAAACUGGCAAGGUUGUCGCCCCCCAACUUUAUAUGGCCGUCGGCAUCUCUGGUGCCAUUCAGCACUUGGCAGGUAUGAAGGACAGCAAGGUCAUCGCGGCCAUCAACAAGGACGCGGAUGCUCCUAUUUUUCAGGUCGCAGACGUUGGUCUUGUUGGAGACCUGUUCGAAAAGGUGCCCGAGUUGACGGAGAAGGUCAAGCAGUGA